AUGGAAAGUUCAGCCUCAAGACAACCGUCGUCGUCGUCGUUAACGAUUUCAGGAAUUGGUCUUCUGGUUUUGAGGGUCAUGAGCAUGGUGGUGUUGGUGGUUGCUCUUAUUCUCAUUUCCAUUGAUAAGGGAAGUGAAGUUUCGGACGACGGCGAACGUUAUAAAAUCAAGUUCAAUGAUCUUCACUCCUAUAGAUAUAUGAUGGUAACAAUAAUCAUCGGGUUUGCGUAUAACUUCUUUCAAAUGGCUCUCUCAAUCUUCCAUGUGGUCUCAGGAAAACGUCUUAUAAGUGGUGAUUUUGGCUAUCUACUUGAUUUUUCUGGUGACGAGAUCAUAUCAUACUUAUUAGCGACCGGUGCUGCGGCCGGAUUUGGUGCAACCCUAGAUGUGCACAGUACCUUCACUGAAUUUUUAAACGUUCAUUUCGACAGUUUCUUUAACAAAGCAAAUGCUUCAGCCAGCCUUCUCCUUGCUGGAUUUCUGUUCACAGCUACAUCGUCUAUUCUUGCUUCCUAUGCAUUGCCCAAAAAAGUUUAG